AUUUCUUUAAACUUUCACCUGUCAGGAUCUGUCCACUGCAGCGUGAGAGAGAAACCAAGAUUGACCUGUAUAAGUGUACCCUGUAUCUCUUGUAUCCCCUGUAUCCUUGUAUACAUUAAACCAGGCAGGGUUAGUAGUGCACUGCAAACCAAGAUGAGAAGAAGCGUGGUUCUUGGGGCUCUUGCUCUGUUAGUUACUUGUAGUGCACAGUCACAGGAGCAGUUUAUUCAACAACUCCAACAGCAGGGGUUCACACAGGAACAAAUUGGACAAUUUCUUAAUGAUCAACAGCAGCAGGGAUUUCAACAACAACAGGGAUUCCAGCAACAACAACAACAGGGAUUUCAGCAGCAACAACAACAACCGCAACAGGGAUUCCGUCAACAACAACAGCAACAGCAGCCUGAAAGAACUAAGGUAUACUUCCGUGUGUCUGCUGACGGACAGGAUCUAGGACAGAUUAACAUGGAACUAUUCGAUGAGGUAGUUCCACUAACUGUGCGUAACUUCAAGGAGAUUGUAUCUGGAGAAGCUGGGUUCUCCUACAAGAACUCUAUAUUUCACCGUGUGAUCCCUAACUUCAUGCUACAGGGAGGGGAUUUUGAAAAUUUUGAUGGAACAGGUGGAAAAUCUAUUUACGGACCAAAGUUUGACGAUGAAAACUUUUCAAUCAAGCACGCCAGCCCUGGUCUUCUCAGUAUGGCAAACUCUGGCCAGGACACCAACGGAUCUCAGUUCUUCAUCACGACAGUGAAGACCCCUUGGCUUGAUGAUAAACAUGUCGUCUUCGGUAGAGUUGAUGAUCAGCCUUCUUAUGAUAUUGUAAAACAGAUUGAGUCUAUGGGAUCUCAGAGCGGAAAAACGUCUAGAGUAAUCAAAAUCACAGACUCUGGCAUUCUACAGGUUGGAAGCUGCUGUGCUUAAAAGGAUUCUUGGUCACAAAAGGAUUCUUGUUCACUGCUGCAACUACAGCACAGAAAUUUCAUAACUAUUUAUUUAAUAUAAUAUAACAGAAAUAAACUGAUUAACAAUCAAAA